GGCGUUGCUGGGUGGUUUAGUGAAGUGUGGAAACAUGGGUUCCCAAAAAACAAUAUUUUCUCCGAAGGGGCAUGGAAAAUGGCUGGGCACUACUCUGAGGCGGUUUGGCAGGAGAGUGACAAAAUUGGUUGCGCAGUUGUGUGGUGCCCAGGCAUGACAUUUGUGGGAUGCGAAUACAACCCUGGCAGAGAUGAGGCCCUCUGCAUUUCCUCCAGGAUACGUUCCCCUUCAUACGGUACCCACUACAACGACCACUACGACAACGACGAAAAAGCCAACUACCACUACAACGACACCAACUACGACUACAACGAAGCCACUGUACCUGUGUCGUGCCCAGGACUUAAUAAUGGCAUGACAGAUGAGGUUAGGGAGAUGUUCCUCAACAGGCACAAUAACUAUCGAUCGCUCAUAGCUAGUGGGCGAGCCAUGAACAAACUUGGAGGAUUCGCUCCGAAAGCCGCUAGAAUGAUGAAAACGGUACGACUCCAUCAUGACUUAAUUCGAUUAUUACCACAUCGGGUACUUUGA